AUGGCGGUGAUUUCAACUUACUACCACAAUUGUUCUGAUCCAAACAAUUCAGACCUCAAAUCAAAACCAGAAAAGAGAAGAGGAAAUGUGACUUAUCAGCCGGAGCUCAUCCAGCGCGUCUUCAAGCUUGACGAAUACGACGAGAGAUCCAGAGAACAGCGGCUCGGGUAUGUGAUUCGCUAUCGAUUCUUCCUCUUCUUCUCUUCUUUUCUCUUCUACUUUCUGCUUGUGUUUCUAUUCGCGUCUUCAUUUCGAUUCUCAGUGAAUUUUGAUGCCGCGACUUCUUUUCCGUUCUUGCAGAAAUAUUGUGCUUGCUGCGAUGUGAUUCACAUGAUGGAUCGAGGAUGA